GCAUGGCUGACAGGGUCUUGUCGGUGAGUCGGAGUUUUCUCUCCAAAAAUGAAAAAGACUCCAUCACAGACUCCUGCUCCGUGUAUACGAGGAGAUGGUACAUCUUAAUCGUAUUCUCUUUGAUCGCUGGAGUACAAGCGGCGGCUUGGAACACGUGGGGUCCUAUAGCAGGAUCUGCCGAAGAUGUUUUUGGCUGGAGCGAUGGAACGAUCGCGUUGCUUGAGAACUGGGGGCCGAUCGCUUAUAUUGUGUCUUUCGUGCUCUUUUCUUGGCUUUUGGAUGUUAAAGGUUUAAGGAUCUCAGUUCUUGUAACAGUUGCACUGAUGUUUGUAGGCACGGGCAUUAGGUGUAUUACAUCAAAACCCAAACCAGCAACAUGGCUAAUACACACUGGGCAAUUUCUAAACGACCUUGCUGCACCAGUUGCGAUGGGUGCACCCCCCCUGGUGUCCUCUACAUGGUUCCCCCCUAAUCAGAGAGCAACAGCCACAGCAAUCUCAUCGUUAAUGAGUUAUGUUGGAAUAUCAAUAUCAUUUGGAGUGGGGCCUUUUGUUCUCAACCCCACAGAAGUUGCAGAUCCUCCCUCGCCUAGUGCAGACAUUCAGAAUAGCUCUGUUAAAAGCAGUGUUUAUUUUGAAAGUAACAGCACAAACAAGAUGUCCUGGGAUGAGGCUGUGUCCACUGCAAGGUGGCAUAUCAUGCUCUAUAUGUAUAUUGAGUUUGGAUUGGUGGCCAUCCUGUUUCUGUGUGUCUUGGUAUACUUUCCAGCAAAGCCUCCCAGGCCACCCAGUUUUUCUGCUUCCAAGAAAAAAGUAGACUAUGUGGAAGGUGGAAAAAGGCUUAUGAAAAAUUGUCAAUUCUGGAAUUUGAACAUUCUUUAUGGAGCAACGACAGGUGUUUUCAGUGGAUGGGGAGGAGUUUUGGCUGUGAAUCUAUUGUCGUUCAACUUAAAACAAGAUACUGCUGGCUGGAUUGGUUUCUAUGCCAACAUUGCAGGUUGUAUCUUUGGAUUCAUCAUGGCAAGGUUUGCUGAUGUGUUUACCGGGCACAUGAAGUCAUUCCUUAUUUUCUUGUUCCUGGGUUCUACUGGCUCUUUCUUGUGGUUUUCUCUUCUCUGUCAAGGAUUUAUUCCAUUUUCAAGAGUGUGGCUGUAUAUCUCAGCAGUCCUUGGCGGUUGCUUCAUCAAUGGUUCCAUCCCGCUGUUUUAUGAGCUCACGAUUGAAACGACGUAUCCCAUUGCGGAGGGAAUUCCUAUGGCUGUGGUGACCACUUCUAAUCACGUAUUCUGUCUGCUGUUUUUGGCUGCAUUGAUGAUUCCUGGAAUAGGCACCUUGUGGAUGAAUUGGUGUAUGGUGGGCAUAUGCGCUGGAUGUAUUCCUCUUUUACUUCUGUUUAAAGAACAGUACUCUCGUCUUGAACUGGAUGCGGCAAACAGACAAGCUAAACGUACUGGAACAAUACAAAACACAAAGCAUGACGAGGAAACUCCUCUGAUAUCUUCGUUAGACGUCGGUUAUGGCGGAGGGGACAAAAAUGGAGUCCACAAUAGGACUGGUUCGAUGAAUUCUGAAGUUUAAAAUGUCUUACUUAUUGUGCUAUUAGAAAGGAGCCAUCAUUGCGUCUUUAAAAUCAAAUACCUUCAAAAUUUCAAAGAGUCUGUUCCUUCAGGAACAGGUAGAAAUGAAAAUAUCUAAAAAUAUAUAAAAUAUCUAAAAAUCAUAAUAAGUGGCAUAAAGAUUAACGAUAAAUGCGGCUUGCAAUCUAAGAGCUUAUAAGAUUUGUCUAACCCUUUUUGCGUCAUUUUAAAGGAGAAUGGCAAAUA